AUGGCGAUUCAGGUUGCAAUGAUAAUUUUUGAUGGUUUCGAAGAGAUUGAAUGUGUAACAACUCUUGAUCUUUUAAGAAGAGCUAAUAUUAGAGUUGACUUAAUUUCAAUUGAUAAUGAUAAGAAAUCAAUUAAAGGUUCACAUUAUAUUGAAUUAGUAACAGAAUAUAAAUUUCAAGAUUUCAUUGAAACACUCUCAAAUUAUAAUGGAAUAAUUAUUCCAGGUGGUCCUGGAAUCGUUCAACAAUUAACAAAUCAAAAAUUAAUUGAUGCCAUUAAAAGAUUUGGUUUAUUAUAUUCAAAUGAAAUAAAUAAUAAUAAUAAUAAUAAUAAUAAUAAUAAUAAUAAUAAUAAUAAUAAUAAUAAUAAUAAUAAUAAUAUUGAAAAUAAUAAUAACAGAUUUUUAGCAGCAAUUUGUGCAGCACCACAAAUUUUUGGUAAAUGUGGUUUAUUAAAAGGUAGAAAAGUAACUCAUUUUCCAGGUUGUAAUCAAUUUAUGCAAGAUUCAAUUGAAUUAUUAGAUCAGACAAUAGUGGUUGAUGGAAAUAUUAUCACUGCUUCUUCAGCUGGUGUCACUAUUCCAUUUGCUCUAAAAAUAGUCGAAUUUUUAAAAGGUAUUGACGCUUCAAAUUUAUUAUAUUCCCAAAUUAAUCCAAUUCAAGUAAAAUCUUCUUAA